GUUUCUCUCUCUAGGCUGGGCAAGUCGCGAGACACUGUUCAUCCAUGGGGUUGACCUCCGAUUUCAUCUUGAUUUUUGAUGUUUUUGACACGAUUCUUCUUGCUCUUGAAUCGUUUUGAGCCAAGGAUUCCAAUUCUAGGCUCAAUUUCUGGAUUUCGUUGUUGGAUGGAGGAGAAAUCAGAAGUCAAAUACUUCGUGUCACUGUUCAUCAGCGGCACUGGAUUGCUCGAUUACUCUCUGUUGAAGCACGUUUGAUUGCUGGAUUUUGAGGGAUUAUGAGCGACUUGGGUUACUCUUUCAAGGGCUGAAGUUGGAUUUCCGUUCCAGUUCAUGUCUCCUCUUAUUUGAGCGAUUUUUCUGGAUUCUGAGCACUGUUCACAACGAGGUUUGCUCUCCGGAAUUAACCAGGUUUUUUGCUUGUGAUUGCUUCAAUCCUUUGGUUUCUUGGUCGAAUUCUAAGGAGAUUCAAGAUUCUGGUCUUGGUUUUCUGAAUCAAACAAUGGAUUUUGGUCACCUUUGAAUCCUUGCUUCGUGACACUGUUCAUGUUCUUCGUUACUGUUCCUUCAACACUGCAAUUUUUGGUUUGCCCUGGCUCUUUGCUAGCCUGUACUCCCUUAUUGCAGGUGCAAUGGUAUCUGAAAUGUUAACUAAGCAUAACUCUUGUGGAAGGUUUUCAUCUUGAAUUUGCUGGUUUGUGACUGUUCUUCAUCCUUGGCCUGCACGGAUUCGGUUAGGACUGCCCAGGGGUAGUUCCUGCCCAUGAAGCUGGUAUGGGAAGUGUUGAACAUGGUUUGCUUUACAUUUCUUGCUGCCUGUGCAGUGGCUUUAGCCAGCAACUUCUACACUAUUGCUGCAAUACUUUCAUUGGCUGUUUUGGGAUGGAUUUUAUUGAUGAGGGAGGAGCCAAAACCUCUUCCUACACCUGCUAAUUGCACAUGCUACGAACAGGGACAUAUUUGGCUAGUCUAUGGGCUGGAUUGUGGAACCAUGAUGAACUGAUUUUAUGGAAGACCAUACCCUGUGAAAUGGUGCUCUUGCUGCUGCUGUUUUGGAUUUUUGCGCAUGACCUAGGGGUCAGGUUCUCACCUCCUCUUGAAGAGAGGUUUGCCGCAAGAAGACAUUACCUGGAGUGUGCGUGUAGCUUCAUUUCCUGGCUGAAAGUUGGUCUUGCUGUUUGCUUUGGGUUGGAAGGCCGAAGGGAAGAUGGAACCAAGUCUUGCCGCAUGCUUAGGUCCCUGGUUUUGGUCUCGGUUUUUCUUUCCUAUUGCUUGGCCUGCCAUGGUGUGUUUAUUUGCUUUGUAUUAUGAUCUUGAUCAUGGGCUGAUUUUGGAUUUGCGCUGGAAUUGUUUUGUGGUGGUUCUUGGGCAAUUGAAGGGUUUCCCGUUGUCCAUGGUUUUUGCCUCUUUUGGGAGGUACCACCAUUUGAUUUGGAGAUGGGGUUUAUGUUUGUUAUUGCAUUUGGGUCUUGCUGGCAGGCUGUCCGCGCUCUUCUUGACCCUUUCGGUUGGGGUUGUUGGAAGAACCAGGACUAUCUUGGCUAUGAAGUGAGCUUCUGGCUAACUGGGCUUCUUUCUCGGGUUUCAGAGGUCGUUUUUGCUGGUUGCCUGCCUAUCUAUGUAUUGUUUCUGAACAACCGAAGGCAAUAGUAGAUGAAGGCUUGUGGGACAACCUGGUGAACUUGUGCCUCGUCUGUAUGGGGAUGCUUGCCAAAUACCUGGGGGGGCACUCUGGCCGUAGACCUAGGGGAGGGGUUUGUAUGGCAGGGUGAGGUCACUUUGGUGUUAAGUUGUCCUCCUCGACAAUGGUGGACAACUUCUGCUAGUCGGGACGUGGCCCUUGGCAUGCCGGUGGUAUCUAUGGCAAGGAUAACAUAACUCUUGCUUCUGUUGGAUGCAACCAUGGAUGAAGAAAUUUGGACCGACUUUUGAAGUAGCUUUGCGAUUCACCUGUGUGAAUUUAUGCGAUACCUGAUCCUUGAGAGGGAGUACGUAUGGUUGGAGUUUGAUUGUGCCACCAAUAUAUACUCCCUCUUUGCUCUUGCUUUGCCUACCGUAUUAUUGCCGUUGAUGGUGCAGGGGACUGGAAGCUAGAAGUGGAUUCCGCAAGAGAAUGGACGUGCUGGAUUACACUGUUGAUUUGUUUCUGGAUAUUUAUUUUGUACGGCCUGUGUGCCAACUUUGUAUUGUUGUGUGUUUGUUACCCAUUUGGGCUUGUUGUUGUAACUGUCUUAUACAUGCAUGGAACCAUUUUUAUGGUUCAGCAUUUGACAUUGAUGUACCAUUCUGAUUAGGGUAAUAAUAAUUUACAUUUUACCCU